GGGCGCAACGGCCUGUGACGCGUUAUUCCCAGAUCAAUGUUAUUGCCAGUCGCGAAUGAGACUCUGCCGAGCAGCACGCCAUCCCAUCCCCACAUGUCGUAGCCUCAACCCCGCAACACCUCGUCGAUAACGCGCACCAUGGAACAUUGGGGCUGCAGGAAGCGACUACCGCCACUAUCAUAAGUGUCCCGAGAAUAAUUGCACCAUAGGAUCCAUGCGAUGAUGCCACGAUGCCAAUGCACAAGCCGAGGAGCUACUGUUCGUCAGUCUUUCGAUGCAAAUGCGCCCAGGUUUAGUUGAUGUGGCGAACAAGAGUAGGAGAUAAGUAUGACAUCGCUCUGUCGGAAUGCAAAAUACACUGUAAUAGUGCAAAUCAGCAUUGUUGAUCAUGGCCACGAACACCUUGACCACCACUACCAUUAAGGACAAAGACAUCACGACGCAGCCUGGAUAUCCUCGUGAGCCUCUAAAGAUCAAAGGCGUUCUGGAUGCAUUCGAGUCUUUCGACGUUACACCAGUCAUCGGCCGCGAAUUUGUGGAUGUGAGUCUGAAAGAAUGGUUGCGCGCGCCAAACUCUGACGAUCUGAUACGCGACCUGGCAAUCACAAUUUCCCAGCGCGGUGUUGUCUACUUCCGCAAGCAGGAUGAUUUGGAUGAUGAACUUCAAAAAGAGCUGGCCCAGCGCCUGGGCGAGCUCUCUGGCAAACCUGAAACGUCCAAGCUGCAUAUCCAUCCUGUUAGAAACGCGGGGAACCGUCUUGGGGGCAACGACAACGAGAUAAGCGUCAUCAGCUCAGAUUUGGCGAAGCAACUCUUCAAGGAGCGGCCACAGACUGGCAAAAAUGGCUGGCACAGCGACAUCACUUUCGAGCCAGUACCAAGCGACUAUGCAAUCUUAAGAAUGACGCAGCUACCAAAGUCAGGUGGAGAUACUCUAUGGGCAUCAGGGUACGACCUUUAUGACCGCCUUUCGAAACCGUAUCAGAAGUUCUUCGAAUCUCUCACAGCAACGUACGCACAACCAGACUUCAAUCGCGCGGCGAAAGAAAAUAACUUUCCCGUUUACACCGCUGCACGAGGUGCGCCGGAGAACACUGGCGACUCUCUGACCGCUAUCCACCCCUGCAUCCGCACGAACCCCGUUACGGGAUGGAAGUCUCUUUACAGCGUUGGCCACCACGUCCAGCGUAUCAAUGAGCUGAGCUCAGAGGAAUCAGAGCGUACCAAAGCCUGGUUCUUACAGCUCAUCACCGAGAACCACGAUCUGCAGAUCAGACAUAGAUGGCAGAACCCAAACGACGUGGCCAUCUGGGAUAACAGAAGCGUACUUCAUACAGCGACGUACGACACCGAUGGCCAAGGACCGCGGAAGGGGUAUAGAGUGGUCAGCUUGGGUGAGCGACCAUAUCUGGAUCCACAAAGUACGAGUAGGAUGGAAGCGUUGAGACUGGCUGAGGGUCAGUAGCAUGGGAUACGUGCAGGUCUAGAACACC